GUUCGAUGAGGUGGGGAUGACGAAAAUAAAUCAGCGAAAAUAAACCGCGCGGACUAUUCACCAAGUGCUUCAUUAGGAAUAGAGAUCUCUACUCCUAAUCUCUACUCCUAAUCUCUACUUCUAAUGGAGCAGUUGGUAGCCUGGUACUCCGGUUUUAUUUUCGUCCGGUUUUAUCUCCUCCCACCUCCCACCACCCCAUACAACUGAUUUUAAUCUACGUAUCGACAAAAAACCAGAUCGACGCUCCUAAUGGAGCAGUUGGUAGCCUGGUACUCCGGUUUUAUUUUCGUCCGGUUUUAUCUCCUCCCACCUCCCACCACCCCAUACAACUGAUUUUAAUCUACGUAUCGACAAAAAAACAGAUCGACGCUCCUAUACGGAACGAGGACCCGAUCCGCUCCUUGUUUCCCACGUCCGUCCUGGAUCUGGAUCAGGAGAACGCCGCCGCGGCUGCCGCCUCACAUACGUCGCCCGUGACGGAUCACGAACAAAACCGCCGCGGAUCAGCAGCCCGCCGCCGGCGCCUCAGGUACCCACACACCACGAUCUCGUCGCGGAUCAGCAAGACACCGCCGCCGCCGCCUCGGGCAGCCACACGCCAAUCUCCGACAACGACGCCUACAGCGGCAAGCAGUGCAGGGCGUCUUCACUGAUCAGUUAUAAACCUUGCUUUCUUAAAGGUACGAAUGGGAAAUGCAAAUAGCAAGGCGCCGGAAGAGAAAAAGGUGUCAGAUGUGCCUGUACCCCCUCUUGCUGACCUACAUUCACAAGGGAGCCAAGGCCAUAAUGUUGACGGAAAUGUUGAUGAAUACAACCCAGCAAUCAUUCCCGUAGCUGACAAUGUUGACAAUUAUCAAAUGACUCCAGACUUGGAAGCACACAAGGAAACAGAUGGAACUGGCAUGACACGGUUAGAGCAGGACGAGCUUGCAAACCUAACCAAACACCCUCUUUCUGAGAUAACAAUUGUUGAUCAGCCUGGGCAUGCGAGUUUACGUACGUGGGUUCCAUAUUUAAACACACUAUCUACCCUAUUCGGUUAGCAGGAAACUGCCUCA